GUUUUUUUUUUUAUUCUUCUCUUAUAAAAUACCGUGAAACUACUGUCAUACCCUUAAUCACAUGCACGCGUAUACUCUCUCUUCCUUCCCACGCAGCAAACGCGAACGACAAGGGCAAGUCCGCAAGUUCAAUCGCAACCCUCAUCACCACCUUCCACCGUCGACUGUCGCAACCCACCGCACCACCGAGACCGUCUGUAUUAUAUUCUCUGAAAAACGCUGUGACAUACAUGCUAAGACACUCCAUAGUUGAUAAAUGACUGCGGAGGCUUCUGGUAUGUUAACUAUGUCACACAAAUUCGAUGAUGAAUAUGGGCCAGAAAAUUUUAAAAGGAUCUCAGUGUCGAAGAGUAUUCAAUUGCAUUCAGAAAUUAGAAAGUCAAGUUCUCAUUCUCAUGAUGGACAAUCAUAUAAAAACACUUCUGAUGUGCCUUCUUCAAAUGGCGAAAGUUCUAGCUCAAUAAAUGGUAAGGCUGCCCCAUCCGCCGAGGCAUCUUCCAUGGAAUCUUCUGUGGGUAUAACAAAAGCAUCAACAUCAAAUCUCAAAACUUAUACAAGGUCCCCUUCGACAAAUUCAAAUUUCCCAUCAUUAGGAAAUAAAAAAGAGUCUCUUUUAGAAAAGACAAUUCCCAUUAAUGUUGACGAGGAUAAUAAUUCUGCACGUCCUCAAGAAGACAGAUGUGAAGAUUCCGAGGAUGAUAGCAUACCAUUGAGUGCUAUGAUGAAGAAGAACAACGACAAUGCUAAGAAAGAAACUCCUAAUGUUCUCAAGAAGUCUUAUGAAGACUCUGAUGAUGAUGAUAUUCCAUUGUCAGCAAGGUUGUCACAGAAUAUACCACUUUCAAAAGUUCAGAAAGGACAGAAAUAUGGAUCCAAUGCUAUUAUUAAACAGGAAAGGACAUCUACACUGUCUGCUAAGAGACUACUAGAUAAAAGUGACUCAUUACACUCUUCACGUAAGAAGUCAAAACCCUCAGAUCCAACUUCAUCAAUUAAUGCUAAACAAAUAUCGGUUAAAUCUGAGUCGAAGGUUGAGGAGGAGGAGGCUGAUAUUCCUCUUUGCCAAAGAAGGAACAAGUUAGCCGCAUUAGUCGAUAAAUCAUCUUCCUUGAAGAAGUUGGCGAAUGUCACUAAAGUCAAUAAGGGGGCAGCUCCAUCUUUUAAGGAAAAGGCAAAGUUCAAAAAAUCAAGCAAUAAAUCAGAACAUUUCAAUUCUACUAAACUUCAACCGAGCUCUGAUGAUGGGGAGAAAAAAUGGACUACUUUGGUUCACAAUGGUGUCAUCUUCCCACCUCCUUACAAGCCCCACGGGGUAAAGAUUCUCUAUAAGGGGAAGCCGGUAACUUUGACCCCAGAGCAAGAGGAGGUUGCCACAAUGUUUGCAGUCAUGCGGGAUACAGAGUACAUGCAAAAAGAAAUAUUCAAGUGCAAUUUUUGGAGUGACUGGCAGAAGUUGCUAGGACAAAAUCACGUGAUUCAGAAUUUAGAAGAUUGUGACUUUACACCCAUUUAUGAUUGGUGCCAGAUUGAAAAGGAUAAGAAGAAACAAAUGAGUUCAGCGGACAAGAAGGCCCUAAGGGAGGAGAAAAUAAAACAAGAAGAGAAAUACAUGUGGGCUAUUGUUGACGGUGUUAAAGAGAAGGUUGGCAAUUUUAGAGUUGAACCUCCAGGAUUGUUCCGUGGACGUGGAGAGCAUCCCAAGAUGGGCAAAUUGAAAAGACGCAUCUGUCCAAAUGAUGUCACAAUUAAUAUUGGAAAGGAUGCACCGGUUCCCGAAUGUCAUAUUCCUGGUGAAAGCUGGAAGGAGAUAACACAUGACGAUACAGGUACCUGGUUAGCCAAGUGGGGAGACCCAAUCAAAUCAAAGUUAAUCAAAUAUGUGUCGCUGGGAGCUAGUAGUUCCUGGAAAGGGCAGAGCGACAAGGAAAAGUAUGAGAAAGCAAGGAUGUUGAAGAGUUAUAUAGGGAAUAUCAGGGCUGCAUAUAUCAAAGGUUUCACGAGCAAAGAUAUUACUAAGCAGCAAAUAGCUGUUGCUACUUAUUUCAUUGAUAAAUUAGCUUUGAGGGCUGGCAAUGAGAAGGAUGACGAAGAAGCAGAUACAGUUGGUUGUUGCACGUUAAAAGUAGAAAAUGUGACUGCAGAAGGCCACAACAAAUUGAAGUUUGACUUCCUUGGUAAAGAUUCAAUCAAGUAUGAAAAUACAGUUGAGGUGGAGCUUCCUGUUUAUAAUGCCAUUUUGAAAUUCCAAAAAGAUAAACGCCCGGGUGAUGAGCUUUUUGACAAGCUGGAUACAAGUAUAUUAAAUGCUCAUCUUAAGGAACUCAUGCCCAAGCUGACAGCAAAAGUCUUCCGUACAUUCAAUGCAUCGUUCACUUUGGAUGAUAUGUUGAAUAAGGAAACUAAAGACGGAGAUGUUGCACAAAAGGUUGGCGUCUAUCAGCAUGCAAAUAAACAGGUUGCAAUCAUUUGUAAUCAUCAGCGUAGUGUUUCAAAAUCUUACAGUGCACAAAUUUCAAAGUUGAAUGAAAAGAUUGAUGAACUUCAGGCUUAUUUGAAGGAGCUGAAAAUAGAUUUGGACAGGGCAAGAAAGGAAAAGCCACCUCUAAAGAGUUUGGACAGGAUAGAGAAAAAGAUAGCUCAAACCAGCGCAAAAAUUGAGAAAAUGCAACGUGAUAUGCAUACAAAAGAAGAUCUAAAAACUGUGGCACUUGGGACGUCCAAGAUAAACUACCUAGAUCCCAGAAUAUCAGUUGCCUGGUGCAAGCGGCACGAGGUUCCUAUUGAAAAGAUUUUCAGCAAAACUUUGCUGGAAAAAUUUGCUUGGGCAAUGGAUGUAGAUCCCGACUUCAGAUUCUGAGAUCUACGAGAUGAAGGCAUACAAAUACAACUGAGAGGUUUUGUUUCUUUAUUUUACAAGUCUAGCGGAAAUUUAUGUUGCAAAGUCUUCAUCUAAUCUUAUCACAGCUCGAUUUCUUCGUGGACUGAGUCAAUGAUCCAUAUUUAUGAUUUAAUGUGAUACCAAUGUUAAAUGAUGCAAAGUUUUGCAGUUUCAUUCUUUCUAUUUUAUUCGUAUUGUUAUUGUUACUAGUGUAUUGCCCUAUGAUGCACGGGUAAUAUUAUCUGCAGUUUGUAUAUAUAAAAUAUAAAAAUACUUAUAUUGAUGAAUC